AUGGAAGAGACAAUGCCAUUAAAGGGUCUACCGUCUACUUUCAAGCCUAAGAACUCACGUCGUAAUACGCUCAAGGAGAAUGCAAAACGCGCACAACGAAAGCUUCAGCUCGCUUGCGUCUGCUCACUGCUCUUCAUGUGUGCCGAAAUCAUAGGAGGUUUUCUAGCCGGUAGUUUGGCAAUUAUGACGGAUGCUGCGCAUUUAUUGUCGGACGUAGCGGGCUUCUGUAUCUCGCUCUUUGCCAUUUGGGUAAGCACGUUACCAGCAUCUAAACGUUUGAGUUUUGGCUUUCAACGUGCCGAAGUGAUUGGCGCCGUUACAAGUGUCUUGGUCAUUUGGGUCCUUACAGGAGUGUUAGUCUAUGCCGCGGUGGAGAGAUUCAUGGAGUGUCUGGAGCCUAAUCCGAAGGAACACGUGAAUGGCAAACUCAUGUUUAUUGUGGCCUGCAUUGGGCUUUUUGUAAACCUGAUUCUAAUGCAGAUCUUGGGACACGGUCACAGUCACGGAGGAGGUAGCAGCCAUGGUCAUAGUCAUGCAGGAGGUAAUGAUCAUGGUCACAGUCACGCAGGAGAUAGCGACCAUGGUCACAAUGACGGAGGAGACAGCCAUGGACAUGGUCAUGGAAGUACAAGCAGUAGCCACGAUUCCUCCCAUAACCACUCGCACGGAUACGAAAGUUUGGAAAACGGUCAAGUCUCCUUGUCAUCUCAUAAAAAGCUGGAAAACUUAAACAUUCAGGCGGCCUACAUACACGCGCUUGGCGACUUCAUUCAGAGCAUCGGUGUGUGCAUUGCUGGGGGACUCAUCUGGUAUAAGCCGGAGUGGCAGAUUGCAGACCCUAUUGCCACUUUCAUUUUCUCUGUGCUGGUCCUAGGCACGACGGUUGGUAUUGUCCGUGACAGUGUGCAUGUGCUGAUGGAGGGCACGCCCGAUGGCAUUCAUGCCGAUGAGAUUGAGCGCGGUCUGCGUCACUGUUCUUCUGUUGUGGCUGUGCAUGACCUGCACAUCUGGUCAUUAAGCGCCGGUUUACCAUCGCUAAGCGUGCAUCUGGUCUCGGAUGAUGCUGAGACUGCACUGCACGCUGCUCAGCGCUACCUCCUCUCCAAGGGCAUCACCCACACUACUAUUCAAAUUGAAAAGACUUCAACGCUGUAUCCCCGCAACUGCAAUUCUGACCUUAAGUGUGGUCAAGACUUCCCGCAGAACAGCGACUAG